GCUCCAGGGUGCCAGGCAGGUGGGGACAGACCUCGAGGGGAGAGGCACGCUCGUGGCUGUCUUUCCCCCACUGGGGGGUCUCCAGGGCAGAGGGCAAGGAGACAGAGCCCGGGGCAGCCAGGGGGCAGCUGGUGACAGGGGCCCCAUGGCCACCAUCCAGUCGGAGACUGACUGCUAUGACAUCAUCGAGGUGCUGGGCAAGGGCACCUUUGGGGAGGUGGCCAAGGGCUGGCGGCGGAGCACGGGUGAGAUGGUGGCCAUCAAGAUCCUGAAGAAUGACGCCUACCGCAACCGUAUCAUCAAGAACGAGCUGAAGCUGCUGCGCUGCAUGCGGGGGCUGGACCCUGAGGAGGCCCAUGUCAUCCGCUUUCUUGAAUUCUUCCACGACGCCCUCAAGUUCUACCUAGUCUUCGAGCUGCUGGAGCAAAACCUCUUUGAGUUCCAGAAAGAGAACAACUUCGCGCCCCUGCCAGCCCGCCACAUCCGCACGGUCACACUGCAGGUGCUCAGAGCCCUGGCCCGGCUCAAGGAGCUGGCCAUCAUCCAUGCCGAUCUCAAGCCCGAGAACAUCAUGCUGGUGGACCAGACCCGCUGCCCUUUCCGGGUCAAGGUGAUCGACUUCGGCUCUGCCAGCAUCUUCAGCGAGGUGCGCUAUGUGAAGGAACCCUACAUCCAGUCUCGCUUCUACCGGGCCCCCGAGAUCCUGCUGGGGCUGCCCUUCUGCGAGAAGGUGGACGUGUGGUCGCUGGGCUGUGUCAUGGCCGAGCUGCACCUGGGCUGGCCCCUCUACCCCGGCAACAAUGAGUAUGACCAGGUGCGCUACAUCUGCGAGACGCAGGGCCUGCCCAAGCCCCACCUGCUGCACGCCGCACGCAAGGCCCACCAUUUCUUCAAGCGCAGCCCCCACCCCGACACCACCAGCCCCUGGCAGCUCAAGUCCUCGGCUGACUACCUGGCAGAGACCAAGGUGCGCCCCCUGGAGCGCCGGAAGUACAUGCUCAAGUCGCUGGACCAGAUCGAGACGGUGAACGGCGGCGGCGCGGCCGGCCGGCUGCCCUUCCCGGACCGCGAGGCGCUGGCGGAGCACGCCGACCUCAAGAGCAUGGUGGAGCUCAUCAAGCGCAUGCUCACGUGGGAGUCGCACGAGCGCAUCAGCCCGAGCGCCGCGCUGCGCCACCCCUUCGUGUCCAUGCAGCAGCUCCGCAGCGCGCACGAAGCCACGCGAUAUUACCAGCUCUCGCUGCGCAGCUGCCGCCUGUCGCUGCAGGUGCAGGGCAAGGCCGGCGCGCCCGCGGUGGGCGUGGCCGCCGCCGCCGACGGGUCCCCGUACUACCGCCUGGCUGAGGAGGAGGAGGCGGCGCCGGGCGGCGGGGCCCCCUUCUUCCGCGACGACAAGGUGCCCGGCGUGCAGCGGGCCAUCGACCAGCUAGACGACCUGAGCCUGCAGGAGGCGGGCCGCGGGCUGUGGGGCGAGGCGCUCCCCGACGGGGUCCCCGACGUGCUGGCGCCGCUCGGCGCCGCCCACCACGCGGCCGACGCGGCCCCCGAGCCCAUCCUCGCCUUCUACGGUAGCCGCCUGGCCGGCCGCAAGGCCCGCAAGCCUCCCGCCGGUUGCAAGUCGGACUCCAACUUCAGCAACCUCAUCCGGCUGAGCCAGGCCUCGCCCGACGACGCGGGAACCUGCAGGGGCAGCGGCUGGGCCGAGGGGGAGCCCCGCGGGGCCUCCGCAGAGCCGCCCGCCAUCCCGCAGCGCGACGGGGAUGGCCCCAGCGUCAAGGACAUGAUCAUGGACACGGAGAGGCCGGACCCUGAGCUCUUUGACCCCAGCAGCUGUCCUGGGGAAUGGCUGAGCGAGCCAGACUGGACCCUGGAGGGCCUCCGGGGGCCACGCACCCAGGGUCUCACGCCCCGUCACGUGCAUGUGCACCCACAUGGCCCACCCCGGGCCGCCAACUUUCUGCAGCACGUCAGCGGACACCACUGAGAGUGACCCCACCCCUGCCCACCCCACCGGGAUCUGCGUGAACUGGGCCGGCAUCCUCUCUGCAAAGCCAUCCCCUGAACCCACAGAUUAUUCUUACAGAAAGAUAGUUAUCCAGAAAUUCCCUGCCCUCCCAACCUCAGCCUCCCCCGCUACCUGCCCACAGUGCGUGAACCCCAGUCAGAUUGCAGGAGCACCUCGGGGUCUGGCCCGUGGGCUCUUGGACUAGAGGGACACAGGAGAGGGGCUGCCUUCUGCUGGCCCCGAGCAUGCCCUCGGUCCUGCUGUCUCUGCCCGUUUUAAUAAACAGCUGUUCAACAGUC